CAUAGCCAUAUAAAGAGUUUUUCUGCAGAUUGAGCAGAUACAGUCAUGGAUACAAAAGCUUUAGCUAAAUCUUAUAGGGUAAUGCCGUGUGAGAGGAGAUCAUAUAGCCCAGGUUUUAAAGGUAUUAGCAGCAAGAAGAAUGAAAGAAGAUUGGCUGCUAGAGCUUCCUUUUCUGAUCCUUCAGGACGUACGGGCUUUGGAGAUGAAGAUAUGAUAGUUUUGAGAUGUCGAAUUCAUAAGUUAAGAAGGGAGGAAAGAAAUUAUAUUCCUCCCCAAGAUUGGAUGAAAUGGGAGAAAAACUGGUACCCCACAUAUCAUUCAGAUGUAUGCUCAUUCCUUGUAAGGUUGCAGAGCAUUUUCCUUAACAGCAGGCCUGGUAUUGCCAUUGGAAUUUUGGGUUUAAUCUCAUUUAGUGUUCCGGCCUCAGUCUUGCUGCUCCUUAGUGAAAGCUUACAUAAUUUAAAGGGAUAAGUAUAAAUUGAACGGCUUAAAGAGUGGAUUGUCAUUUCAGUGUUCAUCAAAAUCAAUCUCUAUCGCCUUGGUUGUUAACAGGCACGGUGAUCAUCCUAUGAUAUUGACUUUCAAUUGUUCUUCAUCGAAGGGAAAUGUAAAAGGGUUGAUUGUGAAAUAAGAAUUAACAAAGUAGUAAGGCACUGUGCCAUUCUUAUUC